AAUAUUGAACACGGUUUCGCAUUGAUUACUGCAAAUUGUUAAUUUAUUCAUUACAACAAAUAGAUAUACCGAUAUCAAAUAGUAACUCAUGCAUUAAAUUUGUUCUUUUUUCUAAAUAUGUGUUGAUUCGUCGUACAUCGUAAUCACUUAAAAUGUUAAGCAGAUUUUCAGACGUACUGCAAACCGCUGCGGACGUAUUAGCUCCGCCGGCGUCCCGUUACGAAGACUUUGAAUAUCACUGGAAGAUGAUAUUGAAUUUUUAUCAAAAUUACGAUGAAAGCAAUAAAGUACAUAUUGAGGAUACAAGAGUGCCACAUCACUUGCACCAAAUGUUUCAGCUAAUAGUCGAUGAAGAGAAAGAACAGCAGGGUGGUACAGUAGGACCAUGUCUAGAAGCGGUAGUACAAAGGUCAAUAGGAGUGUUAGACGCUCUAGCAGUGCUUGCGGUGGCUGAUCGGCCGCCUGGAGCAAGGGCGAUGGCUCUAACACUAGCUACCACGUUGUUGAGACGAACGCAACGUCCGUGUAUUAAUAGCGCUCAUGUUUAUAGACCUUUGCAGAGAAUGUUAGUCCAAUGCAACGAAAGCCCAGCGUCCCCAACAGAGAAAGAAGAAGUAGAACUCCUCUUAACUCUAUGUGGCCUUGUCAGAAAAGAGCCAGGGCUAGCAAACAUAUUCACAACUCCAUUCGUUGAAGAUAAAGCCACUUUACUAUCAAUACCUGAAGAUAUACAGAAGUUGAUACCGUUGAAACGGAAAUUGAGUACGCCAAAGAAGAACCCUUUAUUCGAUGUAGAUAUGACACCACCGCUACGAAGUGUGGCGAUAGUCAGGAGUAAAGAAGAUACAACACCAAACAGUUCAGUUGUUGACGAUAAUGGCUCGCUGAAAAGUCAGAAGACUGUGUAUGAUGAUAAUGAUAAAUUUCUCUUGAUUGAUUUGCUGUUGUCGUAUUUGAAUAGUGCUGAUAACCAAGUGGUACUCCGCGCGUGCGAGGGUAUUAUGAUAGUGUCCUCGUUACCAGAGGACGAUAUAGCUAACCUGGUGACGAGCUGCAGUCCGUGCUGCGAGACGAUCGUGGACAAACUGUGCGCCAAGUACCGGGCCAUACCCAGCGACGUGGACCCCAGUGAUGUGGACCACUUGAAUAUCACUUGGGCGUAUGUAGCUCAAGAUUUUGGUGAUAAGGGCUACAUCAAAUUCCACGGGUACAGAGAAUUGACUACUUUCUUUUCAUGGCUCGAUUACUGUGAUACGUUAAUGAAGGAAUGCCACCCAACAAUCGCGUCGCACCUAGCCCGCACAUUUCGCUCGAACUUUCUAGAAAGUGUCGAAAGUUGGCUAGUGCCGGAGUCAGCAAAGUGUCGUCACCAGCACACGGCGCUCACAACUGCUCUGCUGGCCAAGUGCCUGCGGGUCAUCGACUCCACAGACCUGAUCAGUGAAUUCAGUAACUGGUUGGUUGGGGACGGGGAGGUGUCGGAAUGGCCUCUGUUACUGACGCUCAUAAACAACUGCCUUACUGAUGAUUACGAUCUUUCUUUAGAGACACUACGGUUCUUUGAGACGAUAAUAGAGCGGGGUACAGAACACAGUAUGGACCGCAUAGUUGUGUCCCGGGUUGUGUCCCGCGGGUACCUGUGCGGGGCCGCGCCGCGCGUCGACAGUGACGAGCGGGACCGCCUUAACGAUGUGUCCUUCCGCCGCGAGCGGGACUGGAACAGAGAGGCGAUGAAGCAACUAGAACAUGAAGACGCGAUCAAUGAACAAAUUAGCGAUAUUCUGUCUCACGAGGGUUUAGAUAGCAAGGAGCAAGGCGAGAAUGUGGAAAACAUACAUCGAGUUAUAAAUAGUUUCCUGUUGGUUCUGCCGCGAGCACUUCUCUCCGACCCGGUCGGCGCGGACUACGAGCACUAUAUACAUGACGCGCAGAGACAUUAUCAGCUCUGGUUGGACAUAACAGCAUCCUACCACUGGCCCACUGAACCCAACUGGAUGGACAAUACAGCUAGUUCUACACACAGUUACGAUAGUCGACCAGAAGCAGACAUACAUUUAGACGAUUUCGACACUUUACACGUAACAGAAAGCAAAAAACACACGAACAAACUGGACAAUAUUCAAUAUCAAAGAUCCUAUUCAACAGCGUCGACCAGUUCGUGCACAGAUAAAACAAAUCCUACAAACAAAUGUCAUCUAAAUACAGAUAAUGUAGAUGUCAAAAGUGACACGAGUGAUGCAGAUAAAAAAUAUGACAUUUGUGUAGUGACAGAUAGCAGCACAGAUAAGAAACGGAAAUUUUCCCAAACUUUAGUAUUGCGCGGGAAUGAUGUGCAAUCGAAUGUAGAUGAAGAUUUUGAUGAAGGACCAUUUUUGAGGAUGCUCUUAACGCUGUUAUCUCGAAUGCCAGAUCAGCCGUAUCAAGUGAAUUUGCACCUUACGUCUAUAAUUUCAAAGUUGGCUCUUCUGCCACAUCCUAAUUUACAUGAAUACUUCUUGAAUCCAAAUUUACCAGUCGCAAAGAACACUCGCACGUUGUUUAAGACGAUGCAAGAGGUAGCUAAACGAUUAACCAUGGAAAUACCGAGAUUGAAGAAUUACAAGAAAAUCAUUGAAAAUACAAGACUGCAGCUCAUGAGCGAGGAUCCGAGUUAUGAUGAAAGCGGGGAACACAACCAGCUAGUGGAGAGCUUGAUCGUUUUAGAAGAGUUUUGCAAAGAACUUGCCGCCAUUGCGUUUGUCAAAUAUCAACAUCUGAUUCAUAUGCACAGAUAAUAACAAAAAUGUAGAUAACAAAAUAUUUUUAUAUGGCAAUAAAAAAGUAUUUUGCAAAUUGUUAACGCUUCCGCUUUACGUACUUAAAGGAUUAAAAAAAAAUUGGUGAUUUUUUCAAAAAUGUAUUUUGGAUAUUGUGUAAGAUAUUGUUUGUAUUUUUGUUCGUAUUAGCUGUUGUAAUUGAUUAUAAUGUUAAUGAUAAAAAUAAUAUAAAAAUGAGCAUUUAAAAUAUUGCAUUUGUUUGGAAGCACGUGUUAUUAUAUACAGCACAAUCACAAUAUAUUUUUGCAAGUAGAUGAAUAUUUUAUAGUAUAAUAUAAUAGUAAAAAAAAACUUAAAAAAUUCUAAAUUUCAUUCUUGUAUUUUCUUGUUUACGAAAAAAAAACGUAAUACAUAAAAUUGUAAAAUCAAAAACGUACGACGAAAAAAAUACGAUACAGUCAAUGUUUAUUAAAAUAUAUUUAUCUCGAAUAGAUUAUUAAAUUAAUCUUACAUUGUGUUCAAUCAUGAAAUGGGAUUAUUUUUUACAUGUUACAAAAAAAUCUAUAUUCAUCGUAGACACAUAGAUCAGUGUGUAUUUCAUAAAAUAAAAUUAUUAUUAAACUGUUAUGCCAAAUUCCUAUUAGAAACUAUCCCAUGUAUACUUGAAAUAUUAAUAAAUUUUACUAUUAGAGCUACGCAAGAGCAACUUUUUUCUCCGCAACUAUUUUGUCUCUCC